GUCCAACUGUGUUAUGCCUCCAUUGCUGGCCAAAUUCGAGCGAAACGAUAGAGACCAACCGAGCACGAAAGCUAGGAAGAGCCAGGAACCUUCUGGAUCGUACCAAUCUCUUCAUAGAUUUCAGAAUAUUCGACUUAAAACGGCUUAGAAUUUUCACAAAUCACAACUAUCAUUUUCGAAAUUUUUAGUCCAAGGAGCCAUUUUCUCCAUCUCAAUUUAGCUUACCUUGUCUUCAAUGUCUUCCCCUGCCGAAUACUAUCAGUCUCUUCCACCUAUAAGCAAGGCUUAUGGGACUCUGUGCCUUCUUUUCACUGCAGCUUAUCAGCUUGGUGUAUUCGAUGUGGUGCAUAUCGCUUUGAUAUAUAAACUUGUAUUCUCACGCUUUCAGGUGUGGAGGCUUAUUACAAACUUCUUUUUUCUUGGAAAAUUUUCUAUCAAUUUUGGAAUUCGCCUCUUAAUGAUAGCAAGGUAUGGCGUUCAACUUGAGAAAGGACCAUUUGAUAGGCGUACGGCAGAUUUCUUGUGGAUGAUCCUAUUUGGAGCCUUUUCAAUGCUAGUAUUAUCUGCCAUUCCUAUAUUUUGGUCUCCUUUCUUGGGGAUAUCACUUGUGUUCAUGCUUGUCUAUGUCUGGAGUAGAGAAUUCCCAAAUGCUCAGAUCAACAUAUAUGGCCUUGUGACCCUUAAGGCAUUUUAUCUACCAUGGGCUAUGCUUGCUUUAGAUGUCAUUUUUGGUUCCCCUCUUAUGCCGGAUCUGCUGGGAAUCAUUGCAGGGCAUCUAUAUUACUUUUUGACUGUGUUGCAUCCACUUGCAACUGGAAAGACCUUGCUUAAAACUCCAAGAUGGGUACAUAAACUGGUUGCAAGAUGGAGAAUAGGAGCUCCAGCCCCAACAAACAAUCGGGUGCAACCUGAACGAACUUCUGGUACAGCUUUCAGAGGGAGAUCAUACCGACUAAACGAUUAGUUAUGUUCACCUAUUACAUGUUUCUGGAUCAUAACAUUACCUUUUGCGACUUUCUCAUCAGUUCUUCAGAUGAUGUGGUCAACACAGAAAGCAAAGUGUUUGAUUCUCGUGUAGGGAUUUAUAAGAAGGUUUUGAUUGCUAAAAUGGCUUUUUCUCUUCAAUAGCUUAAACAUUUUUUUUUUUUUUGUAUACUUGGUACUUUUAAUUAAUUUUAUUCCAAAAAAUUGUACUUAUUUCUUCCCAAACAGAAUGUAAUUUUUCUCUUUUGUCUCUGGGAAAGUUAUGGACUUGGUGUAAGAUGAAAUUGAGCAUACCUUAAAACA